UCAUUUCCGGCUAUGUGUCUCUGAUGCAGGACUUAUUUUAUUCACUGAAUGGAAAUCAUUUACUAAACAGAAGUCAAGGGGUGGGAUCAUUUUUUUUUUUGUUUCAUCUGUAGGUAAAUAAUUCGAAAAACCCUUCAGGUAUUCAUGAGGCUACGCACAAGGUGCGGUCCAUGGAUAAUGUAUGUUUCGAGUGCCUUUGGUUUGUGCAUGAGAUUGAAGAGGCUGCCCUCUUAGCGCUGAAGCCGCCUGCUAUAUCGCCAUGCCCAGAUGCGGGUAGGACACCGUUCGGAGGACUGUUCACGGAUACCCCCGGUGAUCUCUCAUCAGAAAAAGGCGUGUCAUUUCCCCAAUCUCUGUAGCAGCCCCUUUGUCCUGUUAAUCCGUUGCUGGCGAUACUUAUGGCGGCUGCUACAGUCAAGCAGCGAGCCGGUGGAUCCAGAGCGCAAUUGCCGCCGUGCUACUACGAGGGAUACCUCGAGAAACGAGGACCAAAAGAGAAGGUGUCUCAUCGGCUGUGGACAUGUCUAUGUGGAAAUGCGUUGUAUUUCUUCAACAACACCAAGGACACACAUUAUAUGGAGAAGCUGGACCUGAGUGGCUUCAUCUCACUGGCGGAUGACUGCAGUCGGGACAGGAACCUGGAGGCAGCCCGCCUCAGUCUGCGCUUGAAGGAUGGAGAGACCAAACUGACAGCACCUAAUCUGGAAGCACGUGAACUCUGGAAAGGUUUCCUCUACGCAGUUGUGGAUCUCUCUGUACCCAGCACUCUGACUCUCCUCCCUGGCCAGCUGCUCAUGCUGAAGGAGGUGGUGGAGAAGGAGAAGCACCGACGGAAGGCCCGCUCCCUCUCCCGCGCCCCCUCCUCCCCCCUCUCCCUGCCUCUGGUGGGAGAGAUUCCUCCGUGUUUUCGGCCCGUGUCGCGUGUAGAGGCGGAGGUGCUGCUCGAGAGGUACCCUGACUGUGGGAACAUGCUGCUCAGGCCUGGUAGAGAUGGAACCUCAUUGGCUGUCACCACUAGACAAGAUCUCAAUGGGUCUGUGUUCAGACACUAUCGGGUGACACAGAAGCAGCAGGGGGGGUAUGUGAUUGAUGUGGAGAAUCCGAUCCCAUGUGAAACUCUCUAUGAUGUUAUAAACGCUCUUAUGGAGAAAACAUCUGGGACGCUGCAGCCAUUCUUGCUGGAGGAGCCUUAUGAAGAGAAUAUCACAUUUGUGUCAUCUAAUGAUGAGAACGGGGAAAGAACACUGCACUGUGUGCGGGGAGGGACGCCGUUACGGGGCCCUGCUCUGCCACCAAAACAAGGGACAGAGAAAUGGUCCCCGCGCCACCAGGGUCUGUCUCAGAGCCCGUCUCAGAGCCCGUCUCCACGCUCCUUCUCCCCGACAGACACUCCGCUGAGCCCCAUGAAGCGCCUCACGCUCUCGCCUUCUCCUCUUGCACAAAGCUUCACAGAUGAACUCAAAAUGAAGCUGGAGAAGAGACAGAGAGCCAACCAGGAGUGACUUGUCCCCGCCCCACCAGUCAGCCCCUCACUGCUGCCCCCUAGCUGUCCUCUCUGCCAGUGCCUUCUGUUAUCACACAGUGUCAAUGGAUCUUCGUCAAACGUGGUGCUUUCUGGUGAACUCUGGUUACAAAGUUGACGUGGUCUCUUGCAGUUUGGAAAAAACAAAAACAACAAAAAAAACAUUGGUGAGAUCUAGCCAGGUCAAACAGAACUCUUUCCAGCUCCUGGAGAAGAUCAGUCCAAUCCAGCAGGUUUACUACAGGUCAAAGUCCUACCAGCAACUUCUACUUUACAAUAUACCGCUCACUGUUAGUCCUUUUCUGGCUGAACCGUGAACUCUCCACCUGGCAUUCCAGGCCCAAACUGGAUGGCCAUGACACCUCUGGGACAGAAGGGGGCGCUAGAUCUGUGAUCUGACGAUAGAAGUUCAAAACUGAGACUCUUCAACUCUGUUUAUCCUCCCUUUGGUAAAAGCCUAAAAGGAAACAAAUAUGGAAUUCAGUCAACAACUGAAAGGAAAAGCACACAGAGAACCAAUCAGCAGCAUAUGACCUCAUUUAAUGAACCACUGAAGUGACUGCUACUAACCACAUCCUCCAUCGUGACCCUCAGCAUUAACUGUGAACUCCAAUAUACCUUCAAAGGAUCGUACCCAGUAGAGUUCAUCCAUAACCUUUGUGUUUGAGCCCAAGCUCCUCCGCGUUUGUGUGUUUGUGUUUGUGUUUGUGUUUUACUGUGCAUGCUUCCAUCGUUGGCAUAUGUUUGCUUCUCUUUGUCCUUUUGUUUUUGUAUUAUUUAUAAAAAAAAAUCAGUGUUAUUUAUAUAUGUACAAUUUAUGGUUGAAUUAAAGAAAGGUUUUUGCAUGGGCAGCAGUUGAUCAGUAUGUCUUUAGUCUCGACUCCAUAGAUAGGAACUUGAGGUAAAUCUACCAUCUCUAUUGGGUUGUAUUGUCUGAAAGAAAGUUUACUCAAAUACAUUGUAAUACAGGUGUGAAGUGUUUGUCCACACCUGCAAACGCUCAUGCACUAAUUACUAUUGUGCAUUUUAAAGUUAUUCUGGCUUAUAUCCUCUCUUAGUUCUACACGCCAGUUUGCUCUUUAUCUAAUGACCUUAAUUGGCCUGGGAAAGAAACAACCAAUUAGUGUUCCAUUGGUAUGGCGGUGUAGCCUAUCAUUUUGCCAUAUCCAUAUUUUGACCUGCAGGGGGAGACUGUGCAUAAAAAAAGAAUGAAUGUUCCCAAGCUGGUGAGAGGGUAAAGUUUCCCCCUCCUCUGUCUGUCUGUACUCCUCCACGCUGGAUCUUGGGUGUUCUUUCUUUUAAAAAGUGAAAAUGAUCAUGAGUCAGAGAGAUCCAUACUUCACCAUCACCCAGAGAUGCAAUGUCUCCUUGUUUCCUCAGUGAGUUGGUUAAUAGGGGGUUAUAAUGAGAGGUGUGUUAGAGAUAAGUUACCUAUUUGAUAGCAUAUCUAAGCUGU